AAAAGUCUCGAAACACACCAGUUGACAAAUCCACACGCAAUCCUCUGCUCUCUCUCUCUUCCUCGUCUUCUUCCUCGUCUUCCUCGAAAUUUCCCCAGUUCCGUUUUCAAUCCCUCCCCCCGCUUCCCCCGCUGUAUUUAAGCACCGAUCUGCACAUCCUCUUCCUCCCUCAGGCGCACUCUCUCUCGUGCACAAACAUCAGUUCGGGUCAUAUUCAGAUCAGAUCGGGGCCGGUGGAAGUUCUUUGAGCUCGCGGCAGAAGAAGAAGAAGAAGGAGAAGAAGAAGGGAAGAUGGAGAGCAGCAACAACCAGCAGGCCUUCUGGCAGUUCAGCGACCAGCUCCGCGGCCACACCUCCAACCUCGCUAACCUCUCCCUCAACGACUCCAUCUGGAGCACCAACUACGCCUCCAAGCGCGACGACCGCAAGAACUUCGACCCGGUCAACUCGUUGACCGGCCCGACCCCCAAGCUCCCCCAGCUGAACGAGCCCUGGAAGAUCGGAUCUGGGUCCGCCCCGGUUGUCCCCGGGAACGACUUCAGCCCCGUCGCCCCCUCCGCCGCCGACGGAUGGAGCAAGAUCGGGAACGCCAACGGCGGCGGCGGCGGCAGCGGCGACUUUAAUGGGUUCAACUACGGGUGGAAGAUGGGGAACCCGAGCGGGGGGAACGACUUCAACGCCUUCAACUACGGGUGGAAGGUGAACGCCGGGAAGGACUUCAACGGCUUCGACGACGGUUGGAAGAUGGGGGGAUACAACUUGGGGUUCAACGAAGGGUUCAACAAGGGGAUUUACGCCAAGUCUCUGAAUUUGCCGAACAACAACGUUGUUAAUCUGAAGGGAGGGAAGAACAAGAACGAGGAUUUCUAUGGGGGCAAGGCCGCGAAGAAGAACGGGGGUGGGAACAAGAAGAUGAACGGCGGCGAUGGCUACAACAACAACGGCGGCGACGAGAAGGAGGCCAGGAGUGCCGUCGACAAGAGGUUCAAGACGCUCCCGCCGUCUGAGUCUCUGCCCAAGUAUGAGACUGUUGGUGGAUACAUCUUCGUCUGCAACAACGACACCAUGCAGGAAAAUCUGAGGAGACAGCUUUUCGGUCUUCCUCCACGUUAUCGUGAUUCAGUCAGGCAGAUUACCCCGGGAUUGCCCAUUUUCCUCUACAACUACUCAACCCACCAGCUCCAUGGGAUCUUUGAGGCUGCAAGUUUUGGAGGCAGUAACUUAGACCCAACAGCCUGGGAGGACAAAAAAUGCCCUGGCGAAUCACGCUUCCCUGCACAGGUUAGAGUUAUAACUAGAAAAAUCUGUGAGCCACUUGAGGAGGACUCAUUCCGACCCAUUCUUCACCAUUACGAUGGACCCAAAUUCCGACUUGAACUGAAUGUGCCUGAGGCACUCUCUCUCUUGGAUAUAUUUGCAGAUCAGGAUUUGAACCUUACUGGCUUGAUAUCAUUCGACGACAACGAAUGAAGUUUUCAUGGUGGAACAGAGAUACACACACACUUAAUUACUUUUGAGUUGUGAUGGAGAAGCUAGAGGAGUUCUCAAGCAAACUGGGGAGGACGAAGCUGCGUAGUUAUUAGUUCUGCCUUGCGGUCUGAUACUAGUAACAAUAAUGUUAUACUGAAUCUAAAAUAAGUGUAUUUAUGGUGUCAAAUAGUUAUUACAAGUAAGGGGUUAUAUCUACGUGUAUGCCUUCUUUUUGCAAUUAUUAAGGGAGAGGAACGGCCAAAGGGCGAAUGCUUUUAUCGGCAGCUUCGCUUAGCUGCCGUGCCUUGCAGGGAAAGGACUUGUUUCCUUACUUUGAACUAUGAACAUGUGAUUGUGAUGUUUUGUUUAUACGAUUCGGUUUAAAGUCUUUUUAUCA